GUUUACUUCUAACAUAAGAAGAGAAACUCAUUUGACUAAUUAGAUUACUGAUGUCGAAUAACUGAAGUAACUGCUCAGCUCUCCAAGAAUGAUCCGCCCUUUGCAGGAAGAAGUACGUUCCCAUUUGAGAUCAGGGGUCGCUAUCACAAACCUGACGCAGUGUGUGGAAGAACUUAUUUUGAACAGCCUGGAUGCUGAAGCUUCCUGCAUAACAGUUCGAAUAGACAUCCCUAAUUUCAAGAUUCAAGUGUCUGACAAUGGUAAUGGAAUCGCCUUUGAAGAUUUGAAAUCUGUCGGAGAACGAUACUCGAGUAGUAAAUGCCACGUUCUUGAAGAUCUGCAACAGCCGAGUUUUUACGGAUUCAGAGGAGAAGCGCUUGCAAGCUUACGUGAGAUGUGCGAUGUGCUAGAAUUAGUCACUCGCCACCGGUCUUCUUAUCACACUUACUGCAAAAUCUUUCGAAAUUCGCAAGUUCUGGAACUCACAGAGUCUAGAUUUCCAAGAACUAGCGCUGGAACAAGUGUAACAAUUCAUGGCAUUUUCGCAAACCUUCCAGUAAGGCGGAAAGCCAUCUCUGAAAUUCUUGAUUUUGAACGUGUUCGGCACAGAAUUGCGUCCGUUGCUCUCAUUCACCCUAAGACAUCAUUCUUGUUAAUUAAUGAUUCAACCGGUUCAAAAUGCCUCCAAACUCAUGUCUGCAAGUCGGUUGUCUCCACUUUCUCUCAGCUGUUUGGUAACCAAAGAUCCAAGAAUCUGCAGCCAGUCACAUUUGAGCACAAGAAUUUCAAAGUUUCAGGUUUCAUUUCAACUGACACUCACCACAGUAAGAGCUUGCAAUUUUUGUUUGUCAAUGGCCGUCUUCUAUUGAAGACAAGUAUUCACAAGCUGGUUAAUAACAUUCUUGGGAAAUCCGAGCUUUUAAGAAAAUUGCCUUUGGUUGAGGUUAAAGAAAGUAUCAGAUCAGAAGGCUAUCAGAGUAAAACAACAAGUCCUCAACAUGGAAAGAUUGUUGACAAAUAUGGCAUUUUUGUCCUCAACAUAGAGUGUCUUGUCACUGAAUUUGACAUUUGCCUUGAACCAGCAAAGACUUUGAUUGAAUUUCAGGACUGGGACAAAGUCCUCUAUUGCACAAAAAGAUGUAUUGAAGAAUUUCUGAUUAAAAACAAUUUGAUUUUAAACUUUGAUGAUUCCGCAAACUCAACAGAAUCGGAAGCUAAUGAUGAUGACUGUCACUCAGGGGAUUCAUGGCGCCCCACAAAUCUUGAGGCUUUUGAGUACAAAAGAGAGAUUGAAACGUGUAAUGUGAAGAAAAGUCUACACUCUUCCACUGUGUUUAGGUCAAAAAGGGAAUGUGUGAGCCAAGAGAAAACUUCUAGCUGCAUUGAGAAAGGGCUUUCAGAUUUUUUACUUUCUGAUAGAAAACUCAGUCACAUCAAUUGUGAUGCUAAGGCAACUUCAAAUGAUUUUAUUUCUGGAGAUCUCACAGCUUUGGGUUCUGAGUCUGUUUCAAGAGUAGCAGUCUCAGAUACUGUGACAGUAAAUGUAGACAAACAUUUCUCUUUUUGCACCAACAAAGAUGCAAAACACUUGAAUGAAAGUACAAAGCAAGUUGCUUGUAAUGACAAGACAACAUGCCAUGUACCUCACACAGAAGGCUGUGCCUCAAUUACUAAAUCAGUCGCUGUCAAAGAGGUUCAAAAUGAAACAGAUGACAUACGUGCAACUGCAGAUCUUGUAUGCGCAUUGUCAGAUGUCAGCAAUUGUUGUGUUUUAAGUGACUUGGAACACAUUUCUUCCAGUCAUUCUGGUGAUAAUGGUGUCGGGCACCGUGCAACAACUCUUUUGAAUGACCUCUCAAACAAGAAUGGUAAAGGUAGAGUAUGUACUUCUAGUACAUUCACAAGAACUACAUGUGAUAAGGUCUUGGGUUCAUCAGUCUCUGUUGAGAAACCUGACUGUCUGCCAGUAAAACGCAAUGGAUCUGGUUUUGUUCACUCAGCUAACCCGGAGAGAUUUAUACCUUUGUCAAGCAGAAGUCAUGACCCAGAGCCCUCUGUUACAUUACGUAGAAGGACUGAAACCUCUAGCACAAAGAUUAACAAAGCAAGAACUUUCACAAUGCCGGCAUUCACUUCUCCACGCCCUAUCACACUGAAAGGGCAGCGCACAAGAAAGAGACAUCAGAGCAGCAAGGAAACAUCUGUAGCUGAGCUGGCAUUGCCAUCAAAGAAUAGAAAACUGAUCACAUUACACGGAGGCUGUCAAAGAAGAGUUAGAGGUGGUUGCAAUAACGCAGGACAAUUAUUAGCUAAUGUUAAGGAUGGAGAAGGUAGGGAUUGUGAUACAAACUGUAGCCACAAUACACACAAGCCUGAAGAUAAUUGUAGCAGUAAGCUUUCGGCAACCUCUGGUGAUAAUAUUGUGACUCGAACUGGUACAUGCACGUUGUCAAAUACUGCCAUAUGCAACAGUGAAGUUAACUGCGAUGCUUCCAUUUCUGGUUUGUCUGUGCCAAUUGACAAGACCUUUGAGACAGAUCAUUCUAACAAUCUCAUUCAACAAUGUUUGGGAGAUUCUGGGGACCAAAUGUGUGGGACAAGAUUUAGCACUGAAAACAAGAAUUGUGAAGAACAUGACAGUCUAAGCUGUGUGGGUUCAAACUUAAAUGUUACUGCAAAACAAAGGAAUGCACACAAACGUACAGAAUAUUUUGACUGUGCUCAGAAAGAGAGUGAAGGAAAUGAAGUGUUUCUGGAGCAGGAUGAAAAUCAUUGCUCAGUGAUGGCAGAGUCAAACUCAGAGCCUAAAUUAAUAUCAGUUGACAAUAAUGACAUUGACGAAGGACCAAACUUUCCCAAUGAGGACUGGCAUUGUACAUUUGAUGUGCUACUUGGAAAAAAAGUCUUUAUCAACACUCGAACUGGGCACUCGUCUUUUCAAGCUCCCUGCGGAUUUAACAUUAAAGAUGAUGACUGCUCUGGGCAGAUUGUACCUGAAGCUAAUGAGAUAGCAAAACACUGUUCCCAGCACUUGCCACACCCAUGUGCUUCCCACCUGUCAUUUUCAUGCACUCCAUGGCUUCCACGAGGGGACCGAAGACGGCAAAAAUCUGUUUGUGAUGAUGGAAAUGGUGUUCUGUGUUCUCAAGACUUGCCUAUGUCUCAGUUGAAUGAUCUAUACAAGGAACACUUAGAACAGAAAGAAACAGAGGAAAAGCUCUGCAAAUGGAAGGAUGCCAACAUGUUGCAAGCUUACGAACGAGAUGUGUUAAAUAACAGAAGCAAAACUGUGGCACAACUGCUCGGUUCUUGGCAGAAUCCUGUGUUUACUGCACCAGAAAAGGAUAUAAUGAAGAUCAACAAAGCAGCCAGCGAUAAGACACAGGUCUUAGUUCACAACGUGGUUCACCCAUAUUGCUUCACAAGAGAUAUGCUGACAAGCAUGCGAGUACUGCGACAGCUGGAUGAGAAGUUUAUUGUCGGGCUAGUUUCACAAGGAGGAGAAAACAAUGGCUUGCUGGUGUUAGUGGAUCAACAUGCUGCUCAUGAGCGAGUUCGAUUAGAACAUCUACAAUCAGAACUCUUUGAAGAUGAUGAUACAGGUAUAUGCUGGAAUAGAGACAAACCUUGCAUAAAAUCAUCCUCAGUCUCACCUCCUUUAGAAUUUACCUUGUUUCCAGAAGAAGUGCAACUGUUAAAAACAUUUCAGACUGAAAUUGAGCGUAUUGGAAUACGCUUUGUGAUCAGUGAAUCUUCACAAGUCUCACAGGAGACAGUGAUCCUUGUACAUGGUGUACCAUCAGUGUUUGUGGAGCGGGAGGUAUCAGAAGUGAAACGUGGAAGGCCUUCAGUUGCCAUCAGUAAAGUAAAGGUAAAUGUAAUGUUAAUCACUGACAUUCUUUCUACAUUAAUUUUAUGUCUCUGUGGUAUACCAUAUUCCUUGACUUUCAUAAAGUAUUUGAAAAUGUUUGGUCCAACGGAGACAGAAACCAGUGACAUCUUAGAUCUACAUUUACAUUUGCAAGAUGAUAANCGCCCCACAAAUCUUGAGGCUUUUGAGUACAAAAGAGAGAUUGAAACGUGUAAUGUGAAGAAAAGUCUACACUCUUCCACUGUGUUUAGGUCAAAAAGGGAAUGUGUGAGCCAAGAGAAAACUUCUAGCUGCAUUGAGAAAGGGCUUUCAGAUUUUUUACUUUCUGAUAGAAAACUCAGUCACAUCAAUUGUGAUGCUAAGGCAACUUCAAAUGAUUUUAUUUCUGGAGAUCUCACAGCUUUGGGUUCUGAGUCUGUUUCAAGAGUAGCAGUCUCAGAUACUGUGACAGUAAAUGUAGACAAACAUUUCUCUUUUUGCACCAACAAAGAUGCAAAACACUUGAAUGAAAGUACAAAGCAAGUUGCUUGUAAUGACAAGACAACAUGCCAUGUACCUCACACAGAAGGCUGUGCCUCAAUUACUAAAUCAGUCGCUGUCAAAGAGGUUCAAAAUGAAACAGAUGACAUACGUGCAACUGCAGAUCUUGUAUGCGCAUUGUCAGAUGUCAGCAAUUGUUGUGUUUUAAGUGACUUGGAACACAUUUCUUCCAGUCAUUCUGGUGAUAAUGGUGUCGGGCACCGUGCAACAACUCUUUUGAAUGACCUCUCAAACAAGAAUGGUAAAGGUAGAGUAUGUACUUCUAGUACAUUCACAAGAACUACAUGUGAUAAGGUCUUGGGUUCAUCAGUCUCUGUUGAGAAACCUGACUGUCUGCCAGUAAAACGCAAUGGAUCUGGUUUUGUUCACUCAGCUAACCCGGAGAGAUUUAUACCUUUGUCAAGCAGAAGUCAUGACCCAGAGCCCUCUGUUACAUUACGUAGAAGGACUGAAACCUCUAGCACAAAGAUUAACAAAGCAAGAACUUUCACAAUGCCGGCAUUCACUUCUCCACGCCCUAUCACACUGAAAGGGCAGCGCACAAGAAAGAGACAUCAGAGCAGCAAGGAAACAUCUGUAGCUGAGCUGGCAUUGCCAUCAAAGAAUAGAAAACUGAUCACAUUACACGGAGGCUGUCAAAGAAGAGUUAGAGGUGGUUGCAAUAACGCAGGACAAUUAUUAGCUAAUGUUAAGGAUGGAGAAGGUAGGGAUUGUGAUACAAACUGUAGCCACAAUACACACAAGCCUGAAGAUAAUUGUAGCAGUAAGCUUUCGGCAACCUCUGGUGAUAAUAUUGUGACUCGAACUGGUACAUGCACGUUGUCAAAUACUGCCAUAUGCAACAGUGAAGUUAACUGCGAUGCUUCCAUUUCUGGUUUGUCUGUGCCAAUUGACAAGACCUUUGAGACAGAUCAUUCUAACAAUCUCAUUCAACAAUGUUUGGGAGAUUCUGGGGACCAAAUGUGUGGGACAAGAUUUAGCACUGAAAACAAGAAUUGUGAAGAACAUGACAGUCUAAGCUGUGUGGGUUCAAACUUAAAUGUUACUGCAAAACAAAGGAAUGCACACAAACGUACAGAAUAUUUUGACUGUGCUCAGAAAGAGAGUGAAGGAAAUGAAGUGUUUCUGGAGCAGGAUGAAAAUCAUUGCUCAGUGAUGGCAGAGUCAAACUCAGAGCCUAAAUUAAUAUCAGUUGACAAUAAUGACAUUGACGAAGGACCAAACUUUCCCAAUGAGGACUGGCAUUGUACAUUUGAUGUGCUACUUGGAAAAAAAGUCUUUAUCAACACUCGAACUGGGCACUCGUCUUUUCAAGCUCCCUGCGGAUUUAACAUUAAAGAUGAUGACUGCUCUGGGCAGAUUGUACCUGAAGCUAAUGAGAUAGCAAAACACUGUUCCCAGCACUUGCCACACCCAUGUGCUUCCCACCUGUCAUUUUCAUGCACUCCAUGGCUUCCACGAGGGGACCGAAGACGGCAAAAAUCUGUUUGUGAUGAUGGAAAUGGUGUUCUGUGUUCUCAAGACUUGCCUAUGUCUCAGUUGAAUGAUCUAUACAAGGAACACUUAGAACAGAAAGAAACAGAGGAAAAGCUCUGCAAAUGGAAGGAUGCCAACAUGUUGCAAGCUUACGAACGAGAUGUGUUAAAUAACAGAAGCAAAACUGUGGCACAACUGCUCGGUUCUUGGCAGAAUCCUGUGUUUACUGCACCAGAAAAGGAUAUAAUGAAGAUCAACAAAGCAGCCAGCGAUAAGACACAGGUCUUAGUUCACAACGUGGUUCACCCAUAUUGCUUCACAAGAGAUAUGCUGACAAGCAUGCGAGUACUGCGACAGCUGGAUGAGAAGUUUAUUGUCGGGCUAGUUUCACAAGGAGGAGAAAACAAUGGCUUGCUGGUGUUAGUGGAUCAACAUGCUGCUCAUGAGCGAGUUCGAUUAGAACAUCUACAAUCAGAACUCUUUGAAGAUGAUGAUACAGGUAUAUGCUGGAAUAGAGACAAACCUUGCAUAAAAUCAUCCUCAGUCUCACCUCCUUUAGAAUUUACCUUGUUUCCAGAAGAAGUGCAACUGUUAAAAACAUUUCAGACUGAAAUUGAGCGUAUUGGAAUACGCUUUGUGAUCAGUGAAUCUUCACAAGUCUCACAGGAGACAGUGAUCCUUGUACAUGGUGUACCAUCAGUGUUUGUGGAGCGGGAGGUAUCAGAAGUGAAACGUGGAAGGCCUUCAGUUGCCAUCAGUAAAGUAAAGGGGCUGAUCAGGGAGCAUCUUGAACAUCUUACAAGCACACAUGGAGUACCAGCAGUGAUUCCUAAAGUCAUCUCUCAAGUGAUCAGCUCCCAGGCAUGCCAUGGUGCUGUAAAGUUUGGGGAGCCUCUUGGUAGAAGUGAGUGUCAGGAGCUAAUCAAGUGUCUGUCCAAGUGUCAGUUACCUUUUCAGUGUGCUCAUGGCAGGCCCUCUAUUAUACCACUGGUUGAUCUCAAGUUCUUGGGAAGCAAAAUGAACUUCGAGGUAAUUAUAGGAAAGAGUCAGUGGAAAUGGAAACACAUGCUAACAAUAAAUUAUGCACUACAAGUGAAAAUGUGAGAAAGGAAA